AUAUAUAUUUAUUCCAAAACUCAGAAGUUUCACACACAAACACACACAGCGUCACAUGGUUCUCCCCGCUCGCCUUGGAUUACGGCCCCUCGUCUCUCUAAAACUUUUAGAGUGAGAAAAAAAUCCCCGAAAAAAAAACUUUUAGAGAGAGAAAGUAAACGAAACAAAAAUAUUCCUGCCUUCACACCAUCCAAACCCCUCUCUCAGACAGAAGGCAAUGGUUAGCAAUUGAAGCUAUUGAACCCUCCGUCACCGUCUUAGCACAACCCCUUCAUCGUCGUGCUGUCUUUUUGUCUCCAUUUCCGACUUUAUUGUUCGGAAUAUUGUUUUAUUCUUUGCCCUCGGCGAUGUCAACCGGUGGCGCCACCAACUCCUCCGGCAAUGACAGUCACGGAGGAGUGGGUUCCACCACGCACCGUCGCCGAGUCGCAGAUUUAAUGCUUGACGCAGAAAAGGCGUCAGAAUAUAUCACAAAUGGGGUUGCUGUUGACGAUAAUGAUGAUGAUUUGAACGGUAAUAAUGGUGGCGGAGACGGCAGUGCCGACCACCACCACCUGUUGAUCUUGCAGUCUUUGAAAUCGGGGAGGAAUAUGGGCCGCCUGAUGUUCGGAAUGUUGAUGAUGAUUGCGGUGGUGUCGGUGUUUUUGAAGUUCUCCUUCAUGAUGGGUGAUGUUCUUGUGGAGGUGAAUUCGAUGAGGAGAGAGAAUAGGUUGGUGUUGCACCAGUCCUUUAAGGAUGAUGGGGCUAAUGCUCAGAGGAUUCUAUCAGAUAGUGAGUCAUCUUCUUCUGAUGCUGUUAUGCCCAAGCGGUUAUUGGAGAAGUUCACUAGCUCAGAGAUUUGGAUGAAACCAAACAGCAAUGACUUUUAUCCAUGCAUUGCUCAGCGAAGGAAGAAAAUACGGAUGGGUUCUGCAACCAAUGGUUAUAUUCUAUUUCAUGCCAAUGGUGGAUUGAAUCAAAUGAGAAUAGGAAUUUGUGAUAUGGUUGCUGUUGCAAAGAUUAUGAAUGCCACCUUGGUUCUUCCUUCUCUUGACCAUGAGUCGUUCUGGACAGAUUCAAGUGAUUUUAAAGAUAUUUUUGAUUGGAAGCACUUUAUUGAAGUUCUAAAAUAUGAUAUUGAAAUAGUUGAUUCUUUGCCGCCAAGCUAUAUGACCGUCCAGCCCCUUCUAGUGGCCCCCAUUUCCUGGUCAAAGGCUAGUUACUACAGAAAGGAGAUGCUUCCAUUAUUAAAACAACAUAAGGUGAUCAAGUUUACCCUUACCGAUUCAAGACUUGCUAAUAAUGGCCUUGCAGUGUCUAUCCAGAAGCUCAGAUGUCGUGCCUGUUAUGAGGCUCUUCGAUACACAAACGAGAUUGAGGAGCUUUCGAGGAAACUAGUUGACAGACUUGGGAAAAAUAACGAGCCAUAUGUUGCUCUCCAUUUAAGGUACGAGAAAGAUAUGCUUGCAUUCACUGGCUGCAGUCACAAUCUUGCUGCAGAAGAGGUUGAGGAACUUCGUAUUAUGAGGUACAGUGUCAAUCAUUGGAAGGAGAAAGAGAUAAACAGUGAAGAAAGGCGACUCCAAGGAGGAUGUCCAAUGUUCCCCAGGGAGGCAGCCCUCUUCCUCAAGGCCAUGGGGUAUCCUUCCACCACUACAAUAUACAUAGUUGCGGGGGAAAUCUAUGGUAGUAACAGCAUGGCUUCAUUUCGUUCCGAGUUCCCAAAAGUUUUCACCCAUUCAACUCUUGCAACAGAAGAAGAGUUUGAACCCUUCAAAGAAUAUCAGAAUCGCCUUGCUGCCUUGGAUUAUAUUGUAGCUCUUGCAAGUGAUGUUUUUGUUUACACAUAUGAUGGGAAUAUGGCUAAGGCAGUGCAAGGGCACAGGAGGAUCGAAGGAUUUCGAAAGACUAUCAGCCCUGACAGACAAAAUUUUGUUACAAUGGUUGAUCAGUUGGAUGAGGGUGUUAUAUCUUGGGAAGAUUUUUCUUCAGAGGUGAAGAAUUUACACUCCAACAGGCUUGGAGAACCAUACCCGAGAGAGGUUGGAGAAUUUCCAAGACUUGAAGAGAAUUUUUAUGCAAAUCCUUUUCCUGGUUGUAUUUGUAAUAGAUCUCAGGAGCAAAUUAGUAGCAUGCAUCUUGACCGAAGACAGAUUUAGGGUUGCUUCACAAAGAUGGUGCAUUGGUUUCAUUCAACUUGACCGGAGAUGGAGGUUUGGGUCGAGUGAAUAUGAAUUGUUUUCAAUAGGAAAUAUCUGGCCUGUUGUUAAGGUGCAAAAUACCCAUUGCUUCAGAGGUGGCUAAUAUGGGGUUCUCAAAGAAACUGCUUCGCCAUUCAGAGAGCGUAAAUCCCAGUGUCGAAGACAAGCUUAAGUUUUUGUUUAUAUUUUUUCAGAUACAAAUUCCCUUUUAUCUGUACAAAUCGCCAUGGAACAUACCAGCGAUUUUGGGAAGCAAAGGAGGUUUACACAUAGCUUUUAACACAACACAGGUCAGUUUCGUGUCAAAAUUUCACUCUCCCUUGUAAAUGUGGAGUAAUAGUUUUUAGUUCAGGCUCUAUUAUUUCCUUAA